GGCAUUGGCAAUUUAAAAUACAUCAGACCUUGUCUAGACAGGAGAUAUCAGAAAUAGUGUCUUCUGAGAUUGACUGACUGUCUUGGUCCUUUUCUCAGAACAAUACUGGGCUCAGACUAUUCAAUUCUUCUUUCUGAAGUAGAUCAUAGGAUACCCCACCUCGCUGCUGGACAUCCAUCUUCUACUUCUCCAGAUUUGGGAAUCAGCUGUGCAUACGGCAUAUAAAACUAUACCCGAAGAAGCUCUCUAUUUCAUCUUGUCUAGUUGUGGAUAACUGCGCCUAAUAAACCCCCAAUACAACAUGACAUCCACAUUCAGCUUCGGCUUUGCGGGGGACGAUAUCGAUAUCGAUGAUACGGAGAUGAAUGAGAUUGACGAGACGAACAAUGACCAGAAUGCUGGUGCGGGAUCUACACUUCCGGAGCUGAUUCCAGCUAAGAAACAUGAUGUGGCUGAGUGGAUCCCAACUCUCCCCUCUCAAAUCUCAUUCAACAAACUCAGACUCCCCAUCAACACGGCUGCUGCAACCAAGCACCUCACCCUCGCUCGUCGGGACAUCUUCGAUAUCCGCGCCCAACUCAUGGCCGAAGAUACGCCCGACGAGAACAACGAGGAGCUGAUUGCCGGUCUGGAGAAAGGCGACAUCAAGCCCAAUUUCUACGAAGGCGGGUUCAAGACCUGGGAGUGUGCAGUUGAUUUAGCCAAGGUGCUUGUUGAUGCUGAUGAGCUGGGUCUGUCGACGUCUGCUGGUGAUAGGCAUAUUAUUGAGCUUGGUGCCGGCACCGCCAUCCCAUCACUAUCUCUCUUCGCACAGCUCCUCUCGAACCCAGCAACCACAGCACAGGGAAAGAAAACUCACUUCACAUUCGCAGACUACAACUCUGCCGUCCUCCGCCUCGUUACUUUCCCUAACCUCCUCUUAACAUGGCUUCACUACACACAAUCUUCUUCCUCCCCCUCCUCCGAAGGAGAGUCAGAAGAAGAUGAACUCCUCGACAUUACCCCCACCCUCAUCCAAUCCUUCCAAGAAGACCUCUCUGCCCGCGGCAUCACCAUCUCCUUUAUCUCCGGUGCCUGGUCACCUGCUUUCGUGGACUUAGUCUUCUCCCAGCAAGAAUCUCACUCCCAAACACUCGUCCUUGCCUCUGAGACCAUCUACUCGCCUGCUUCGCUGGGAGCGUUCUCCGAGACGUUAAUUGCGUUGUUGCGUCGUGCUGCUGUUACUCCGGGACAGCAGAGCGGGGCGCUGGUCGCGGCGAAGAAGGUCUACUUUGGGGUUGGAGGGGGUGUGGAUGAGUUUUUGGCGGUUUUGGGUGGCGUUGCUGGUGCUCAGGGCGUCAAGGUGGACGUGCAGGAAAGGUUGGAUGUUAAGUCGGAGGGGGUGGGGAGGGUGGUGUUGGGGGUUAGAUGUGCUUGA